UCGGUGGAAUCAUGGUGCCCGGAAGAGGCUAGAGGCAGGAUUCAGCGUGUCCGCGACCUCACCGCUAGGGCCUGUGAGGGACGGCCCAGACGGCAGGAUGUCCUGGUCUGGCCUUCUCCGUGGCCUCAACACGUGCCUAACUUGUGGCCCAGCUCUGGUUCCCCGGCUCUGGGCCACCUGCUCCAUGGCUACCCUGAACCAGAUGCACCGCCUGGGGCCCCCCAAGCGGCCGCCUCGGAAGCUGGGCCCCACGGAAGGCCGGCCGCAGCUGAAGGGUGUGGUCCUGUGCACCUUCACCCGCAAGCCGAAGAAGCCCAACUCGGCCAAUCGCAAGUGCUGUCGAGUGCGGCUCAGCACGGGCCAGGAGGCCGUCUGCUUCAUCCCUGGGGAGGGCCACACCCUGCAGGAGCACCACAUUGUCCUCGUGGAGGGUGGCCGCACCCAGGACCUGCCAGGCGUCAAGCUCACCGUUGUGCGUGGCAAGUACGACUGUGGCCACGUGCAGAAGAAGUGACAGCUGGGGGCACAGUGGACUGGGCGCCCCUGCAGAACAUGAACCUUCCCCUCCUGGCUGCUGCAGGGUCCUCCGAUGCCGGCCUUUGCACCUCUAGAGGCCGCCACUCAUGGAUUCAAGUCCUGGCUCCGCCUCUUCCAUCAGGACCACUGUUAAGCCACAGGAGUCCUGGGGGUGCAAAGGGUGCCCCUCUGUCAACACCCUUGGCUCCUGUGUUUAGAGGGGUGGCCUGAAGGACCUUUUCUGCUGGGACAAGACACUGUACUGCCCUUUGCUGGGAAGGGGUUUUAAUAAACAGAUCCUGGCGCUUGUGAUGUGAA